AUGGCCAAGAAACACCCCCUUGCCUCGGAAAGAAGCAUGUCGGAGAAAUCUCCCGCUCCUUUACCAGAACCCACCCCCGGCUUCAUCCUCACCACGACCUCCACGCCAGGAACCUACACCCUCGCCUUCACCCCCUCCUCCCCAAAGAACCCCUACAACUGGCCCCUCCGCCGCAAACUCUUCAUCUUCGUCAUCGCCCUCCUCGCCAUCAUGAACAGCGGCGUCUCCUCCGCCCUCCCCUCCAACGCAAUGCCCUACAUCCAGCCGGACUUCAACGUCCCCGACGGUCCCCAGACCAGCCUCCCUACCGCCGUCUUCCUGAUCGGAUACAUCGUCGGGCCGUUGAUCUUCAGCCCGCUCAGCGAGACGGUGGGACGACGCUGGGUCAUGGUUCCUAGCUUUACGGUGUUCGUGCUGGGGACGUUGGGGUGCGCGUUGGCGCCGAAUUGGGCUGCUUUGUUGGUGUUCAGGUUUAUUUGUGGGAUUAUGGGUGCGGUGCCGCAGACGGUCAUUGGAGGUGUUUAUGCGGAUGUGUUUGGGGAUGGGAAGGAGAGAGGGAGGGCCAUGGUUUGUUAUAUGUCGACAGCUAGCUUCGGUCCUAUUCUAGGCCCGAUUAUCUCGGGUUAUGCGUCUCAGUAUUCGUGGCGUUGGACCUUUUGGAUCGAGCUGAUCUUCGCCGGGGUUAGUUGGUUGGGGUUGGCGUUUAUGCCUGAAACAUUCGGCCCCGUCAUCCUCAAACGUGAAGCCUCUCGACUCCGCAAAGCCGGUGUCAUCAUCUCCUCCUCUGGCGGCAAAAUCGAUUUCCUGCGCGUGUUCUCGCGGCCGUUGACCAUGCUGAUCACCGAGCCUAUCAUAUCCUUCACGUCGGUCUUUAUCUCCCUGGCAUACAGUCUCGUGUUCUUUUUCUUCCAGGCUUAUCCGAUUAUCUUUGGAGACAUGUACGGCUUGAGUAUCCAAACUACCUCGUUGGCUUUCUUACCAGUCGGCGCCGGUGCCUCAGCAGUCGGCCUCCUGGCCCUAACCUACGACACCUACUACGAACGCGCCAAAAAGUCCGGCGCGCAAUGGACCUCAAGCCCCGAACUGCACCGCCUCCCAGUCUCCUGCCUCGGCGGAAUCUGCCUCACCAUCUCCCUCUUCUGGCUCGCCUGGACAGCCCAACCCAGCAUCCACUACGCCGCGCCCAUGACCUCCGGGUUCCUCUUCGGCUUCGGCUACCAGACCAUCUUCGUCUCGUUGUUGACCUACGUGACGGAUGCGUAUACGAUCUACUCGGCCAGUGCGUUGGCCAGCUCUGUGAUUAUUAGGAGUAUUAUGGGCGCGGUGUUCCCCAUGGCCGUGAAGCCGAUGUAUGCGGCUUGGGGGGUGCAGUGGGCGACGAGUUUCGUCGCGUUGUUGAGUUUGGUGUGUGCGCCGAUUCCGUUUGCGUUGGUGGUGUUUGGGCCGAGGAUUAGGGCUGCGAGUCGGUUUUGUCGGGGGAUGACGCGGCAGCAUUCAGCGGAUGAGAGGGAGGAGGGGGGGAGAAGGGAGGAUGUUUAA